GUGCAAGCGAACGGUGGCUUAUAUGUUGACGUCUGAUGUCUAAAGACAACUAAAAGGAUGGUCCUGGCAAGUCUGACUGGUAACCUCCUAACUGCGCUGGCAGCCCUAUGUGCAGUGUUGAUUCUGCCGGUGGAAUGCCAACCUAAGAGCAACAUUCUGGUGGUGCCCGUGGAUGGCAGCCACUGGAUUAACAUGCAGGUGAUCCUGAAAGAACUGCACUCCAGAGGCCACAACCUCACCGUCAUCCGCUCCCGCACCACCUUUUACAUCCCAGAGAACUCCUCAUUCUACACUUCCAUCGCGGUGCCCGGGAUAGAGGAAGAGUUCAACCUGGCCUUCUACGAGGAGAUGGUAACUCGCCACAUAGAGUUUCGGAGGACGGGUCGGUUCCUGCGUACGCUCAAGCAGCAAUGGGAGUUGGGCAAACUCUGGAGCGAUGGCAUCGACGCCAUGGUCGGCACCAUGAUAGCCAUGUUCGAGGAUCAAGAGGUGAUGACGAUGAUCAGGGACACCAAGUUUGACAUGGCGCUCGUGGAUCCUGCCAUGCCAACCGGGGUUUUCCUCGCUCACUACUUCAAGCUCCCGAUAGUCUACAAUGUCCGCUGGAUCCUGAUGGGCGACAGCCACUUCACCUUUGCCCCGUCUCCGCUGUCCUACAUCCCCGUGACGGGCUCGGAGCUCACUGAUCAGAUGGACCUCUCAGAGCGCGUCCUCAACAUGGUGGUCUACCUCAUUCAGUGCUGGCAGUUCCGCUUUAUUUUGGAAUCGUCUUACCGUCCAGUGCUCGAACGUUACUUCCCUCCCGGGACGGACUUAGUCUCAAUGGUGCUCUCGACAGAUCUCUGGUUAGUCCGGGCGGACUUUGUCUUCGAAUUCCCUCGUCCCACCAUGCCCAACGUUGUUUACAUCGCAGGGUUCCAGUGCCGCCCUUCGAAGCCUUUGCCUGAUGACUUGGAGGCUUUUGUGCAGAGUUCUGGGGAGCAUGGUAUCGUGAUCAUGUCGCUAGGGACUCUCAUCGCAGCCUUGCCCAAAGAACUAACAGAGGCAGUUGCCAUGGUGUUCGCAGAGCUGCCCCAGAAAGUCAUUUGGAGGUACGUUGGGGAGCGGCCGUCCACUCUGGGGAACAACACCCUGCUUGUGGACUGGUUCCCUCAAAACGACCUGCUGGGUCACCCCAAAACGCGAGUCUUCGUGGCUCAUGGUGGUACCAACGGUGUCUACGAGUCCAUCUACCAUGGGGUCCCCAUCCUGGGGCUGCCUUUUUUAAAUGUCUUACCUAUAUAA